AUGAGCGAGAUCGAGCUCAUCAGCGCAGCGCCGCCCCCGCCUGGGGUGAUACCCAACUUCGAGAACCCCACCGAUUCCCUCGUGCCCCAGGUUCUCAUCGUCGCCAUCGUGCUGAACUUUCUGGCCAUCGUCUUCUGUGCCAUCCGUCUCUACACCGUCCGCGUCGUGAUACACCGUCACCAGCUCGACGAUGACUUCAUCUUCGUGGCCUUGAUAUUUGCCACUGCCUACUCCGCCAUCCAGGUCUACGAGACCCGGAAGGGCGCGGGCCAUCACAUAUGGGACGUGUCCAAGGCGGAUGCCAUUUUUUUCCACAAGUUAAGCAUGAUCGAUCUCGCCGCCUACAGCCUGUCGAUUCUCUUCACGAAAGCCUCCAUUAUCGUCUUCUAUCUUCGAUUCCCUCUCAAAAAGGUCGUUCGUGUCGUCGUGUAUUUCGUCAUGUUCGCGACAGUGGCGUACUCGGCUGCUGGAGCACUCGCGUGGGUGUAUCUCUGCACGCCGAUGGCAAAGAUAUGGGAGCCAGAACUGCCCGGGACGUGUGUCGACCGCGCGAUGUGGUGGCUUAUGCUUGCCGUCAGCAAUGUCGCUACUGACCUCGCUAUCCUACUGCUGCCGAUAUGGAUCCUAUCACCGUUGUCUCUACGCCUCGUUAAAAAGAUCGAGAUGACAGUCUUUUUAAUGGCCGGAGGAUUUGUUAUCGGACCUAGCAUCGCCCGAAUGGUCAUGAUCCCAAUAGGCUUUAACAAUACUGACUUUACCUGGACUGCGUCAAUCAGUAUCAUCUGGUGUGUGGUCGAAGCCAACUUUGGCAUCAUCUGCACCUGUCUCCCGUUCCUGAAGGCAUUCAUGAAGCACGUUGCUCCCAAGAUCUCGAAGCGGUUCGCAGUGAACGACGAACCCCCUUCCCCAACAGUCUUCGACAGGGCCGCGGCGCUGGCGAGCAUGCCACAUGCACCCAAAGCCACUCGGCAAAAGAGUUUCGGGCGCCAGGCUGUUGAUGAUGUGCCGGAUGUGCAAACAGUGCGCAACUGGCCACUCAAAAAUGAAGAGCCGUUUGACUAUGUGCGUUACUCAGAUGGUAUAUCGAUCAAGAGAAUGCCAUCCGAUCCCAUGUCGCCUCGACCCAUAAAGCCUGUCGAUGCGGCGGAGAUGGUCUGA